AAGCACAUGCUCUCUCGCGUAGGCCGAUGCAAGUCGUAAGCGAUGUGUGCACUUCUAAAGUUGGACCAAAAGUUGUAGCGAGCAAGUGAGCGCCGGAACUCGCGUCUCGCACCAUUCCGCAUUCGCGGUUCGACGCUAGCGAGGCACGGUUGGUGCCUCCGCGCUCGCCGCCUAUCGGACAAACUUUAUACCAUCACAUUAUAUCGACUGUACUAUCAUCAUGAGGGUCCCGACAACCCUCCUGCUCCUCCUCGUGACUCUGCUUGCGAAGGUAUCACCAGCAGAGGAUAUCUAUUGGGAAGGCGAAGAUGAUCUAAUGAACGAGUUCUUAGAAGUGGACAACGCGGACGCCGGCAUCGGUGGUCACUUGCAACGGCUAAAACGAAAAGCGUUUGAUUUCUUCUCCUUUUUUCCGACUACAACACCUUCACCGGAAGAAAAUUACACAGAAGACGACACGGAUAAACUAAGCGAAGACAAUGACAACGAACCGGACGGAUCGGGUCAACCUGACCGGAUGGAACCUGAGCUGAAAGAAAAGACACUGCGAGUGACGUUCGUUGUGAUGGAGCCUUACCAGCUAGAAUACUCCAACAGAGACUCGUCAGAAUUUCAGAACUUCUCCAAAUCGCUGGCGGAGGCCGUCAAUACGGUGUUCAGAGAUCUGCCGGGAACCCACAGAGCUAGUCUCGUGCGGAUACAGUCUCGACCCACCGAUGAGUUUUCUUGCAAGGUCACUCUCGACAUAGUCACAACGGGAAACGAAGAUACCGACAGGAUUUCUCAAAUUCUCCGAGACUACAUCAGAAACAAGAGGACGCUAGGAAAUGCUACCGUCAGUGACGUAGAUUUCAGUUCUACUGUCAUCGAUCCAGGAUACAAUGCACCACUGGAAGCGUGUUCUGUCGACGAGAUAAAAUGUUUCGAUGACGGUCGAUGUCUUCCUUCCUCCGUUCGAUGCGAUGGCACUGACGACUGUUCUGAUGGUUCAGAUGAAACUGACUGUCCAGUCAAUAACAAACCUGAUAAUGAUGAUCUGAUAACAAAUGAUGUGAACACUGAUGAUCAAACUGGUGACGAUCAGACUAUCGAUGAUCCAAAUACUGAUAACCAGGAUGCUGACGAUCAGGAUGUUGAUGAUCAAGAUAAUGACGAUCAGAGUAUUGACAGUCAGACCAAAUUAAACGAGGAAAAUGAAGAUGAGUUAAUAGUGCCAUACAAUCCAACAACUACUUCUCAGCCUACAUCCGAUACCUUAACUCCGACGGGUAAAGCGUGUGACAAGAAGGUUUACUGUGAAGGCUCGGACGUGGAGAUAUGCGAAGAUAUGAUAUGUAACGGUAUUAAGGAAUGUCCGAAUGGAAUGGACGAAAUAAACUGUGACUACGAUGACAAGACGUAUAGUAAGUAUCGGACGAAUCAUAAAAUGAGUAUUUCUCAACCCAUUACGUGA